AUGAUGUCGAAGCUACCAAAGAGUGUUGCUACUGCCACUUCGCGUUUGGCGCAAGUAUCCCAGCAGUUUUCGUCCCAGGCUCCGCUUAAACAGCAGCAAGCAAGAAUGGUCCAUAGAGGUACUAUGCACAAGCUGAACACUGGAGCAAGCAUUCCGGCACUCGGAUUUGGAACCUGGCAAGACAAAGAUGCACAAGAGCCUGCAGUAGUUGCUGCCCUGCAAGCUGGUGUGAGACACAUUGAUACCGCAGCUGUGUACGGGACGGAGCCUGCGGUUGGCUCUGCAAUCAAGAAGUCUGGUGUUCCACGCUCUGAGAUCUUCCUCGUCACCAAGAUUUGGAACAAUUCGCAUGCUCCAGAAGAUGUCGAGGCUGCUCUCGACACAUCUCUUUCUAACCUUGGAACUGACUACGUCGAUCUUUGGUUAAUGCACUGGCCAUCUGCCUUCGCCAGUGGUUCGUCGCUCUUCCCAAAAGACUCUAAUGGCAAGGUUAAGCCUGGAACCUCGGACUACGUUGAGACCUACAAGGCAAUGGAANAGGUCUACAAGUCUGGCAAAGCCAGAGCUAUUGGCGUCUCGAACUUCAGCAAGGCUGAGAUGGAAAGACUGAUCAAGGAGACGAGCGUUGUCCCAGCAGUCCACCAGCUCGAACUUCAUCCAUACUUGCAGCAGCACGACUUCGCCGAGUGGCAUAAGUCUCAGGGUGUCCACGUUACCCAAUACUCGCCUUUUGGAAACAGCAAUGAAGUUUUGAAUAGGAAUCGAGCUAACCAGAUCCCGAUGUUAGNNUACUCCAAGGGCCAGAACCUCAGCAAGCUGAUUGAAGACCCAACUCUGGUCGAAAUCGGAAAGAAGUAUGGCAAGUCUGGAGCGCAAGUAGCAUUGGCCUGGGGAAUCGCUCAUGGCCGAAGUGUCAUUCCCAAGAGCAAGACUCCUGCGAGGAUCCAGCAGAAUGUUGAAGGAGAUUUCGAGUUGUCUGCUGAGGACGUCAAGAAGGUGGAUGCUAUCGACAGAAAACUGCGCUUCAACGAUCCCAGUGCAAACUUCGGGUGGAACUUCUAUCAGGAUCUCGAAGGAAAGGAGGCUUGA